UCGAUCUUACCGUCCAACACACAGGUCGGCAACCACCAACGUCCCAGAUCUUCCCACUCUUUACAUCUUGGGUCUCUCACGCUCCUUAAACCUCCUCUUUAUAAACCCCUCCAUCCCUCACAAGCCCUCAAAAAUUCAAAUCCCAAGCAGUAGAAGCUCUCUCUACCAAUUCGAAAUUGAAUUUAAAUCUUAAAAUCAAAUGGCUUUGCCGAAUCAGCAAACUGUUGAUUAUCCAAGCUUCAAGCUUGUUAUUGUUGGUGAUGGUGGCACAGGGAAAACAACAUUUGUGAAAAGGCAUCUUACUGGCGAGUUCGAGAAGAAAUAUGAGCCAACUAUUGGUGUGGAAGUUCAUCCUUUGGAUUUCUUCACUAACUGUGGAAAAAUUAGAUUCUAUUGCUGGGAUACAGCUGGUCAAGAGAAGUUUGGUGGUCUCAGAGAUGGAUAUUACAUCCAUGGACAGUGUGCGAUCAUCAUGUUCGAUGUUACUGCUCGUUUGACAUAUAAGAAUGUCCCUACAUGGCAUCGGGAUCUUUGCCGGGUUUGUGAGAACAUUCCUAUUGUUCUUUGUGGAAACAAGGUUGAUGUGAAGAACAGGCAGGUGAAGGCAAAGCAAGUCACUUUCCACCGUAAGAAGAACUUGCAGUACUAUGAAAUUUCAGCAAAGAGCAAUUACAACUUUGAGAAGCCCUUCCUGUACCUUGCCAGAAAGCUUGCUGGGGAUCCCAAUUUGCAUUUUGUCGAGUCUCCUGCCCUGGCUCCCCCGGAAGUUACAAUUGAUCUUGCAGCACAGGCACAGCACGAGGCUGAGCUCGCUGCUGCAGUUAGUCAACCUCUUCCAGAUGAUGAUGAUGAUGUAUUCGAUUAAAGUGUUGAUGGAGAUCGUGGGUUUUGUGGCUGCUGGUGGAUUGAGAGGCUUUAAUAGUAUAUGGCCUUGAGGAUGUGGAUUUAUGUCCUUUGACAUGAACGAGUGUAAACUGAAUGGUUCUAGGUUAUUAUUGACCUGUUUGUUUUCCGUUGUCUGUUUCAUCAUUUUGAGGGUAUUGCCAUGCUUUGGUUCUUCUUCCCUCGCAUACCUACAGUUUUGUGUCAAUUUCUGUAGGAUUUUAUUAGUGUUGGUUUAUAUCUUAAUCGACCAGUGUUGUGUUGAUCCCAUUUAUGGCAUUUUCAAUUAUUUGCA